AUGUGCAGCGAGUACGCCCUUAGGACUACGAGGAGGUUGAGUCCUCAGCCUCAGCUGGAGGCCGAACAAGAACAAGAUUAUCCAUUCUCGUCCCGCGCGACGAGCCUCGAUGGAUGGCGGCUGACUGUGGAGGAUGAUGGGCUGGGACGAUUAAAGUGGAAAUACUUGACAACGGAUGAGGAACGCGAUGCGCAACCACAAGAUAAGACGUCGAAAUUCUUCCUUGACAUACCUUUUACCGAAUCUCCAGACCGCAAGCCCGCCCAAAAGCCAUCGGAGGCCGCUAGAAAUGGGGCCUUGUUCCAUAGUCAACUUCAAUUGAACGACCUGGGCUGUUGGGCUGCUGAUUUGAGCUGCAUCUUCUUUGUAACUCCGAUGCUUAUCAUUUCCUGGUACAUUACACAAUCCUCGAUCGACGAGGCACACGCUAUCGAACUUUCCAAUUUUAUUCUUCGAGCCCAGAACUCGGACGGCGGAUGGGCCACCUAUGGAGGCCAGGACACGACGCUUAUGGGGACGAUUCUAAUAUAUGUGGCGCUGCGCCUGAUGGGGUUUUCUGCAGAACACGAGCGUCUAGUCAAAGCCAGAAGAUGUCUAUUGGACAUGGGCGGUGCCGUCUAUCUACCGGGUUGGGCCAAGUUUUGGCUUGCUCUCCUGGGUCUAUACAAAUGGGAGGGCACAGAUCCGUAUCCCGUUGAGAUGUGGCUUCUUCCGGAAUGGCUACCAGUCAGUCCCUGGAAAUGGUACAUUAUCCCUCGGCACGUGUACUUGGUUAUGAGUUAUCUCUCAGCGAAGCGAUUCACUAUGCCGACGAACCCUCUCCUAGAGCAACUCCGGACUGAGAUUUUCGUUCAACCUUACGAAUCGAUUGAUUUCGUCGCGUUCCGGGGUGUGACCUUCCAACGCUCUCGGGAGGUGCGCAAGAGCUGGGUACUCAACGCACUAAAUUGGUUUAUCGACAAUGUUUGGAUUCCUUGGUUUCGUCCCCGUGGUCUAGCCGAGAUGGGGGAGAGAAAGGUAUGGGGAAUUAUCGAGGAACUAGAACAGAUCAACAACUCCGUCGGGAUCGUCAGCGUGGAUGCAUUCCUCAAUAUUAUCGCAUUCUAUUGCAAGGAGGGACCGGACUCUAAAGCCUUACAGCGAACUCAGAACGCCAGCCUUGAAUAUCUCUGGAUGGGACCUAAAGGAAUGCAAGUGAUGAGUAUUCAUGGCGGGCACACAUGGGAGACAGCUUUCGCACUGCAGGCUUACGCCGAGUCGGGACUUGCGAAUAGCCCUGAUAUCCAACCGGCUGCUCAGCGCGCGUACAAAUUCUUGGCCGACCAGCAAUAUCUCAACGACUGGGACGAGAAGUCGUCUUGUGAUUGCUUUAGCCGGCUGGGCGGCUGGCCAUUUUCUACUGAAUACCAUGGAUUUUCGUGUUCUGACUGUACAGGGGAAGCGCUCAAGGCGAUCCUGCUGGUUGAAAGGAACACAGAGAUUCCGCGGCUCACAGACGAGCUCAACUUGCAACUUGCGGUGAACAACCUGAUCAUGAUUCAAAAUCCGAGCGGCGGGUACAGCAGUUUUGAACCGAUCCGCGGAAGCGAGCUCCUUGAGUGCAUGAAUGGCACGGAGCUGUUCAAAAAUGUGAUGGUUGAAUUUGACUAUGUCGAGUGUACAUCGUCAUGUAUCACCGCCCUCGCAUUAUACCGAGACUACAAUCCUACCUACCGCGCUCGGGAUGUCGCUCGCACAAUCGACAAGGGAAUCCAGUAUAUCCUGAGCCGCCAGGGGCUGGACGGCAGCUGGCUUUCAUCCUGGGGUAUUGCAUACACAUACGGGGCAUUCUUCGCUAUGGAAGCACUAGCUUGCGUCGGAAUGACCUAUGGAAAUAAUGAUGCCACUAGGCGAGGUUGUAACUUUCUACUAGGGAAGCAGCAGGCUGACGGAGGAUGGGGGGAAAAGAUUGAUUCUAUCAUGACCGAAUCAUACGUGCAAGCAGACCAGCCGCAUACCGUACAAACUGCAUGGGCUUGUCUGGCCCUAAUGCAUGUUCGCUAUCCAGACCCAGAGCCUAUCCGGAGAGGCAUAAGGCUUAUUAUGAGUCGCCAGAAGGCAAGUGGUGAAUGGCAACAGGAGAAUGCAGUAGGAAGCGGCAUUGUUACAUGUGAGCUUCUGUACCACAAUUACAUCUAUUCUUUCCCGAUACGGGCUCUAUCGAUGUAUGCGGAGCGGUUUGGGGAUGAUGUCAUCAUGGAAUAA